AUGGCCCCCGCCGAUACGUUAAACACGCUUUUGUCCAAACUCAAUAACCUCACACUCGACUCUAUCUCCGAGAAAUAUCCUACCACACACCCCGAAGUCAACCCAUUCGAUCUAUAUCGAGUUCAUCUUGCCGAAAUCCUAGCCCCCAUCACCGGUGUCGCCUCCGACAAGAUCUACCCUGUUCUAUCCUGGACCAACACUCUAGACAAGGGCGACUUCCUUUUGCCUAUUCCCGCCCUCCGGAUAAAGGGCGCAAAGCCAGACGCAUUAGGAGCCGAAUGGGCAGCGAAGUUCCCCGAGGAUGACCCUCUAUUCGAGAAGCCGGUUACUGCUGGCAACUUUCUAGGCUUCUUCACCAGGGGUGGACCCCUAGCACAAACAAUUGUUCCCAUGAUCCGGCAACUCGGUGAGGACUAUGGCCGGAAUCGCUUCCUUGGUAUGAGAGACCCCAAGGAUCCUAGCCAAGGAAAGAAGCGCAUCGUUGUCGAGUUCAGCUCCCCCAAUAUCGCCAAGCCCUUUCACGCUGGACAUCUCCGGUCUACCAUCAUUGGCAGUUUCUUAGCAAAUCUUUACGAGGGGGCCGGCUGGGAUGUCACCAGAAUCAACUAUCUUGGUGACUGGGGUAAGCAAUACGGUCUAUUGGCUCUGGCAUACGAGAGACAUGGAGACGAGAAUGCGCUAAACCAGGACCCCAUCAACCAUCUUUUCCACCUAUACGUCCGCAUAAGCGCCGAAAAGGAAGCGGAAAAUGCAGCCAUCGAAGAAAAGAAGAAGGCGGGUGAGGAUGUUACUGAACUCGUGGCGAAGAGCUUGGAUGAGCAAGCCCGCCGGUACUUCAGAAAGAUGACAGAUCGGGACGAGGCCGCUGUCGCGUUGUGGAAACGCUUUAGGGACUUGAGUAUCGUCCGUUAUAAGGCCACGUACGCCCGACUCAAUAUCAAGUUCGACGAGUACAGUGGCGAGAGUCAGGUCACGGAGGAGGCCAUGGAGAAAGUAGCCAAGGAGAUGGCCGAGAAGGGCAUCACGAAGGAAGACCAGGGCGCUGUCCUUGUCGACUUUACCGAACUGAUCCCGGGUAAAGAGGGAAAGCGUCUUGGCAAGACGGUUAUCCGGAAGCGGGACGGCACGGCAUUGUAUCUCACUCGGGAUAUCGCCGAACUACUAGGCCGAUACGAGAAGUACAAGUUUGAUCACAUGAUCUACGUCGUAGCCAGUCAGCAAGACCUCCAUCUCCAGCAGCUCUUCAAGAUCAUCGACUUGCUCGGCUACAAGGACAUUGCACAGCGCUGCCAGCACAUCAACUUUGGCCUUGUCCUGGGUAUGAGUACUCGGAGGGGUACUGUAAAGUUCUUGGAUGAUAUUCUGAGAGAUUGUGCCGACCAUAUGCACGAUGUUAUGCGGAAGAACGAGGCCAAAUAUUCCCAAGUCGAAGACCCCGAGGGCACUGCUGAUACUCUUGGCAUCAGCAGUGUGAUGACUCAGGACAUGAGUGGGAAAAGGGGUAACAACUAUACCUUUGACUUGGCCGUAAUGACCUCUUUCGAAGGUGACACCGGCCCGUACCUACAGUAUGCGCACACCCGACUUUCGUCGAUCAAACGCCGCGCCAACGUGACGGACGAGGAACUAGCCAACGCCGACCUAUCUCUUCUAACGGAGGCACACGCCAUCAACGUCGUGCGGUUACUGGCGCAGUGGCCCGAUGUCGCGCAGAACACACUUCGCACGCUCGAGCCCACAACGGUGGUGACUUACCUAUUCAGACUGACGCAUGUGAUCAGCAGUAGUUACGAUCACUUGCAAGUCGUAGGCAGCGAGCCGGAGCUCAAGAUUGCGAGAAUGGCGUUGUAUGACGCCGCGCGGAUCGUGGUCGGGAACUGCAUGAGGUUGCUGGGAUUGAGCCCGCUUCUGAGGUAA